AUGAGACGGUUCACUCUCUCCCUGCUGGCCAUUCAGAGCUGGGUGCUCACCACCCUAGCAGUCCGGAAUCCCAUUAUCUCUGGAUGGAACCCUGAUCCUUCGAUUCUCCGCGUCGGGGACGAGUACUUCCUCGCAACCUCGUCAUUCGAGUACUGGCCGAGCACGCCGAUCUACAAGUCGAAAGACCUGGCAAACUGGGAGCUCUUCUCUCAUGCAUUCACCAAACCGGAGCAACUUCAGCUUUAUGGGACUCCAACGGGCGCAGGUUACCGUCUAAUAUGGUAUAUAUCGGUAGGUGCCUGGGCUCCCACGCUCUCCUACAUCAAUGGAAAAUACUACCUCGCUGCAAUGACGCGAUGGACAUACGACCCGGUGGCCCGAGUUUGGCCGCGAGUGAUGUGGGUGUCGUCGCGCGACCUCAAGACCUGGUCGGAUCCCAUCUGGGGUGACCCAUGGGGCAUUGAUCCCGCACUAUUCCAGGAUCCCGUAUCGCAAAAAGUGUACUUGAACCUGAUGGCCCCCAACAACAACAAGGACCGCAUCUGGGGAAUUUACCAGUGUGAGGUGGACGUCGACAGUGGCCGUUGUGGCACGGACGACCUUCACCGUGCCAGUAUCGCACGCUCCUUGGCUCCAAACGGACCUUGGGAGCCUGCGCCACAUAAUCCGAUCCUUUUUAAUGGAGCGUACGGGUACGAUAACCUCACAGUGCAAUCCACUGGCCAUGCGACCAUCUUCGAGGCGGCCAAUGGCGACAGUUACGCUGUCUACCUCGCUCGACGUAAGAUUAAUGGUUCGUCGCCUCUGGGCCGAGAGACCUUCAUGUCACCAGUCAACUGGAAGGAUGGAUGGCCGAUGAUCAAUGGCGGUAAUCCAGUCCUGCUCAGUGAAUCCUUCGGUCCUGCGCCCGAUCAGAAACUACCACCGCCAAGGUUCAUCGACAGAUUUAACCAAAAAACGCUUGAUCCCUCAUGGUACACAUUGCGGACCCCGUACGCGCCCAUCUACGAUCUGAAGAAGGGCAAGGGUGGGGAGAAAUCUCAUGGGAUUGUCUUCCAGCCGAACGUUUUCGGCCUGAGCGAUCGGGACACCCCAGCAGCCAUUCUGCGGAAGCAAAAGUCGCUGAAUAUGACCUUUAGCGCGCAGUUGCUUCCCACAAUGUCCGGGCUAGGCUACGGUGAGACUGUCGGGAUCAGUGCCUAUUUGAGUGAGCUCCAACAUCAGGACAUUGGAGUGUCGGGCUGUGUGAAUAGCACCGGCAUGUGUAUUUUCACUCAGUUGAUGAAGAACGGGACCACGGAGUAUAAUCAGGUCAAGCUGAACGCGUCCUCUAUCCCGUCCGACUUGACCCUGCAUAUCCGCGUGGAGCCCCUCUCCUACACAUUUGGAUACAGCCUCGGGCCAGAUGAAAGUAUCACCUGGCUGGCAUCACUGUCAUCGUCUUGGCUAGCAUUCGCUCCGACGGGUUGGUUUGUGUUCGAAGGAGCGAGUUUUGCUUUGUUUGCGACCGGCACGGGACAGCCAUGGCCGCCACAUGCGCCAGAGGUAGGGUUUUCACAGGUCACAGAGUCAUACUAUGACGAGGAUAUUCCUGACUAUGAUCGGUGGUCUGUAUAAAGCUCAA